ACUCACAGCCAAGAAGCGUUCGAAAAACCAGUGAGGGCGCGUGACGGAUCCUCCUCAGUCGCGACGCGAGAGAAAACUUUCCAAAAGCGAUCAGGAGUUGGAACUCUUUCCAGCGAGGGCACGGACGAGCGGUGGAGUGGUGUUUGGUUCAGGAGAGGCAGGGGCAGCCAGCCGGGGUGAUCUGAGUGUUUCCUGGCUUUGAUGCGACCCGAGUGUGGCUGGAGCAUGUCCACAGUGGGCCUGACUGCCCAGGAGACCGCUUUUCCCAUCGAAAACUCCCUCCUGUGGGGCAGCUACUGUCACAGCAUGGCUGGAUCCAAAUCGAACUGGAGCUGCGGCCGUGAGCAGGACAACUUCUACAUCAGUAUGUCUCCUCCCACGUGUCACAGCUAUGGAGCCCAGCAGAAGACACCCACGGCGCCGUCUAUAAGCCAUGAGAGGCACAAACACAGCGCCACCACACAGAAGUUUCCUCCCAAGAAGCCCCGUCCGCAUCAUCUCUUGUUCAGCUGCAGCACUGACCCGUCCCACACGAGUCCAGGUGACAAGGACCUGAUGGCGUCUCCAUUCCACGGUGUCCCAGCAUACGGGUGCCACAGUCCGCCACACACACCGGGCCGAUGCUCCAAGCCUCUCCCCCCGACCCCGCCGCCACCUCAUCACGUCUUCGAGCAGAUGGACAGUGAGUUGGACUUCUCGACGAACACUGACGAGAGCUGCUGCCUGGUGUCUGAUCCUUGCGUUAAAUCGCCUUUUCGAAACGGACAGUCCAGCCGUCGGAGCUUCAGAGGCGGCGGGCAGGUGAACCACGCCUACUACGAUGGACCGCUAGCACCGCAAAGCAGGAAGGUGCCCCAACAGCAGCCCCACCUGGAUGCCCCGCCGCACGGGGUACGGGUGCAGAACGAGCCACGGCAGCUUCAGGAAGCGCCACUGGUCUGUCAGCAGAACAAAGCUCAGAGGAGGCUACAGCGCUCUCACUCCGGCCCGGCUGGAUCGUUCAACAAACAUUCGCUACAGCGCAUCAUGUGUCAAAAAAUGUAUAUGGAUAAACACGACGUUCCGCCUCCCAUCCCACCACGGACUAGCAAAACUGGGGACCCUCGCCGCUGGUCAGACUCGUCCGGGCUUCACAGCGAUGAGGGCAGACCUCCCAAGGUUCCUCCAAGGGAUCCUCUGGGCAGCUCCCGCACCCCAAGCCCAAGCCCCAAAAGCCUUCCGAUGUACUCCAAUGGAGUGAUGCCCUCCACCCAGAGCUUUGCACCAGACCCCAACUAUAUGAGUUUUCACCGACAGAACAGCGAGGGCUCCCCCUGCAUCCUGCCUGUCACGGUGGCAGGCGUCAAAGACAGCGACACGCACUACUAUCUCAUGCCUCAGCAGCCUGUGGACUCCACCUGCGUGGAUAAACUGUUUUCAGCUCUGGACAGUCCCCCUACACAUCACACUGAUGUGUCAGACUCACAUCGGGACUACCACUCCCGGAGGAACGCGCACGUGCACCUGGUUUAACUGAGCGUCUUUUUAUUUAACAAACCAAUUGGAACUCUCAAACUGCUGCUUUUUUUUUAACCCCAUUGUAUUCUGACACGCAGGACCUGUGCACCCUGUGUUUGCGUUACUGGUAAUCUCGGAAUCACAUCUUAGUACUUUGACCUUGUAUCUGUGACUAUAGACGUUAUUUUUGAUAAGAUUUUUGUAUUGAUUUUGAUAAUGCAGCGCUGUUCGAAGGUGCAAGCGGGUCUUGACCUCAUAAGCUCAGUGUUUUUAAGGUUGUUGAGUGUGCGUUUGGGCCAUUUUGGAUGCUGCUCUCACGAAGGGUCAGCGACGAGGCCAGUUGAAGUCUAGAUAAUGAAGGACACGCAAAUCUGUUGUUAUAUUUGAGACUCCGUGCUUUUAGUUUCCAUUAGGCCAAAGUGUUUGUGCACAUUUGUGUUUCCUAAGUGCUGUGCUGUUGUGUUACAUUUUGUACUGAGAAAUAGGAACACUACUGGUAGCUAUGAGUGUUGGAAUGUUUAGUGCAGCUGAGGUGCAGUGUGUGUGUGUGUGUGCGCGCGCGUGCAUGUGUGUGUUUGUAUGUGCGACAGCAGAUGGAGAGUUCCGGCGAUGUCACGAAUAAAACAAUAGCGGUUCGUAAAUUGGACAAGUGAAGUGAGCAGCUUGUUAGAAACACGAGUGGUUGAACAUAAGGGGCUACGUUCACGUCACACUGACUCUCAUGGCUCAUGGAAGAUAGGAGUUAUUUAUUUUCAUGGGAGGCUGCCAAUUAAAGAAGCUCACUGCUCCGUUCAAGUGAGCAAUAAAUGAAAACACCUUGGUAAAUUGAUGAAGAUGAAAUGUGUUGAGUUAAAAACCUUUGUCAACAUUCAUCAUUUCAGACAGAUUUAAGCAUUUUCGAGGUGAAAUACUAGAGUGAGUGCAGCUACAGCAAUGUUGAGGCACGUGGCACCUUCAAGUUUGGAUGCGCUUUUACCUUUGUCAAUUGUACUCGUGGUACAGACUGAGCCGUGUCUCGUGGAAAUUAAACCUUUUUCCUGUCCUUAAAGGAGCCAAAAAUACUGCAGCCACAAACCCAUGAAACCUGAAACAGUAACUUUUAAAGCUGCAGUUUAGGACUGCAGUCUGUCACUUUAAAGUCUGCAUGUAUUUGAGCAAGGUUUUCUGUCACAUUUGUUGGCGAAGUUAACCAUUAAGAGUGAGCUUGGCUGGCUUCGACCCUGCUGCCAUGUCGCUGCCAUCAUAUUGGAAAUAUGAAGCAGAUACUCCUUUUUUUUAUUAAAAUGUGAUCUUUAUUUACCUCAACUGAUGUUGAGUUUUGCCAUGUUUGCUCCAAACCCGCGCCAACAACACAUUUCUAAUGUUGCUACAACAUCAUUAGCUAUGAAACAAGCACAAUAUCCGUACUAACUUUCAGUCAAAAUUUGGAGGAGACACAGCGACAGGACAAUACGUGGCAUUUGACGACAAAGACGUAAUGUGAACGUAGCUGAUGGAGUUGAAGCUAAAAUGGAGCGGCUGUUGUUGGAUCAGCGAGGGCUGCUCAGGUGUAGCCAGACGUGAGGUGACGGAGCUGCUGGUGUCAGAGACGCUGCUGGUUUUUCUUACCUGACAGACUUUCCUGUUCUGCGCGUGCAUUCCUGUCUGACAUGAUUGUGGUGGGUGUGUUCGGCUGCUGGCGGCCCUGACAAUAUGAUCUACUCUGUUGAACCAUUACAUAUAGUAGAUGUAGCACAUGCAUCACAGAAACGUAUCCAAGUGUUCGUGUUGGGAAGCCUGCUUAGGUCAAACGGUCAUUGAAGUCUGUUUUGUUUAUUUUCUCCCCUCCUGUUCACAAACACUCUGACUUUAAGGUCUGAAUGCAAUGUUUACAUCGUACACUGACACUAUUUAAUCUUAAGGUAUUCACAUGUCUUAUGAGAAAGUGACAAUAAAAGAGUGAAUGGAGACUCUGCUGCGGUGAGGACGUGCACUGGGAGAGUAUGCCGUGUUUCGUAUUUAACAAUUCCAUUUGUUCUCAUGAGUAGUGUGUGGUCGCUGCAAGGAAAGAAAAUAAAAGCGAUUAUUUAUGGACUUCCGUGCUUGGGUUUGUUGAGCCGAAGUGCUCUCUUCACUCAGCUGCUUGGCCUGUUUUAUCAGCCACACGCCCUCCUGCUGAUCCUCAGUGUGACUGGCCUCUAUCCAGAGAAACCAGAGUGACUGACAGUGGUGUGGCAGGUGUACACCGCCUCGCUUCCUCUUCCUGGUGCUACCUGAAUCGGGCACCCUGUUUGCCCCCACAAUAUUUUACAUGUAUUACAGACCUUCCUCCUGCAUUUCCCAAAGGCAAAUCUAAUGCCACUGUCUCAUCUUUAACACUCCUUUCAUUAUUUGUAUUCAUUGAAAUAAUUCUGACCUAAAUUUAGUUCUAAAUUUAAUCUCUUUAAAGCUAAUAUUUAUCAAUGCAUUUUUUUACAUUGUAACUCAUUUUAAGCUCAUGAUGAUGGUAUUUUAGCUCGUUCAUUUAAUGGAUUUAAUUCAACAAAGUCAAUUUAUUUCUGGUAUAAUUUCUAUUUACUUUCAGAAUUUCAGUUACAAACUGGGAGUCCAACACACUUCAUCCCGUUCAUACAUCUUGUAUUCAUGAGUCUUUCAGUCCCGCACUAGAUGACCUGGCAGUUUUGACUGCUCUGUGGAGUUUGUUACUGAAUAAAUAUGAAAAUAUUGUUGAAUUAAUUUUAAAAUAAAUGACUAAAGUAAACAAGUAUUGAGGCUCUCAAUUGUAAUUCAAACUCUUACUCUGUUCUAACACGAUUUCAUAUAAUCGUUGGUGAAUACAUUUGUUUCUUUCUCUCAACACCGUUUUGAAAUCUUUGAUAUGACAUUUAUUUAUUUAAGUUCAUGUUAAGAAAAAGUGCCAAGAUCUCUACUGAGAUCUAAACAUAUUUUUUAUCUUGAAAAUUUGUGACUUUAAUAUGUAUAUUUGUAUUUACAAUCUGUUUUUUUGUUUCUUGAUAUUUGACUCGUGCGGACUGAUGACUCAUUUGAACUGCAUCCUUCGACACUUUUUGAUCAUUCUAUUUUUGUGGUUCUAAUUUGAACUAUUUCCUGUUAAAAUUAUAAAUCAUUGUGUCGUACUCAGUUCAUUAGACGCCUUCAUCUGAACUUUGAAUCUCAAAACAUGGAUGUUUCUUAUUUAUUUGGGUGAUUUUUUUAAUAUCUUAAUAUCUGAAUUUGUAUUCUAUUUAAGCUCCAUAAAGAUAAAACCCCACGAGGCCUGACACUAUUGGUGACCUGACCUAUUUUUUCUGUGGGUCAGCUACAUAAUUGUUCUGGCAACAGUCUCUUUUAAUGAACACUCCUCAGACAGACAAUGAUGAUUGACUCCUCUGCAUCAAUCACACACGAGUUUUCAGAGCGAUGACACCAGAUGACAGUUUCCUUCCUGAGCCUUUGUUUAAUGAAGAUGAGGUAAGAAAAGUCUGGAUACAAGCGCAACAAAACGAAGCAGUGGUGUUCAUCUGUCUCAUUCAUUUUCAAAGCAAGACACUGUUGUGUUGCAGUUGUCAGACUUCACAUUCGACCACACUCAGUCUCAUGGGCUCACUGUCGAAAUACAAGUAAAAGUGAACUCAAAAACAUUUUUGCAACGUUUUUACAUUAAGGUUCAAAAGUGCAUAUUGUUUCAUUUUACACCCUUUCUCAUCCAGUCUGGAGAAUCUCAUCAUAUUUUGUCUCACGUAAUGACAUCAUUUUUGCACAAC